GACGCCGGGCUCCAGCAGCAGUGACAGUCGUAGUGGGAGUGUUGUUGUUGGAAAUGACAGAUGUCAGAGCAGAGCGUCCACUCUGACAGGAACCAUGUUUGAAACCUUCAGAGAGAGACUUCACAUGGUCCAGCAGGACUUCACCACCGGUUUAAAGACCCUUGGAGACAAAUCAAGAGACACCAAAGUCAAGCGGAGACCCAGGUUUGAAGAAAGCCCUCCUUGUUUCAGUGCUGGCCUGGAAAUCCUCAGCAGGUAUGAGGAGAAAUGGUUUCUGCUCCAUAAAACAACCAAAGACUGCGCUCAGUCUGCAGAGCUCUGUCUCUGUCUGUGGGUUUGUCAGGCAGUAGAUGGCGACAUAGUGAUGCUCUCAGCUCACUGGGAGAGAAGAAGAACGGCUCUGACACAGUUAGAGGAACAACUGCAAAGCUUGCCAGCCUUUGUCAGUGAACUGGACACCAUCACUGCCAACAUAGCUCAUCUGGAAGGCGACUUUGAGGAGAUGGAGAGCAGACUGAUCUACCUGGAGACCCUGUGUUGUCAGUGUGAACAACAGACACAAAAACAGCAUCACGUCAACCAGCUGGAAAUUUAUAAGAAGAAGAAGAGGAAGGAGCUGGAGGCUCUGGAAGUGGAACUAAACUCUGAACACGCUCACAAAGUGGCAGAGGUGGAGCAGGCCGUGCAACAGAAACUACGAGAACGACAGAAAGUUUAUGAAGAAGCUUUUAACCAAGACAUGAAGCAGUACCUGUCCACUGGACACCUGCAGCACAGAGAAUCAGCAGGAGCCGAUGUGAGUGUUCUGGAUCACAUGACACUGACUAACGUAUCAGACCAGGAAGCUUUGGAUGACUUUCUUAACUCCUGCAGCGAUGACAUCAGCACCGGAUCAUCACUUACCUCAGGUCCAGACCUGGAGUCUUUCUCCUCUGAAUCCUCGAGAAGCCAAACAGAAAAAGUGCUUCCCGCAGACGAGCAAAGAUCCAACCAGGACGCAGGUUUGGAGCGAGAGGAGGAAGUGGCCAGUGAGGAGAGCGAUGAACCUCUGGUGCAGUCGGAUGAAGAGGACAUUCAGCCUGACACGUCACUGGUUGGCCUGCAGGAUGUUGUGAGGAGCUCUGACGACAGUGACUCCACGGGGGAUCUCCCCUCUGGGUAACCUAGCAACAAGGCUAUUGACACUUGAUGAAUACUGGGACGCUAUGUUCACCCUCUGAUGUUGUGUAGCAUCUCCUGCCAGACUUUUUUUCAUUUAAGGUAGAAAGCGCUGAAUUUUUCUAUGGUAGUGAUGCUACAUAAAACGGAUUAGUGCGAACGUUGAUAGAAAAGCUUCAUGAGUGAAGGAACAAAGUCACAGUCAGAGCUCGACAUGCCGGCCAGGAUAUGAUAUUUACCUCAGUACCAGGGGUCAGAGGUCAUUUAAGUUGUCCCAGACUACAUCCAUACUACUUCUUCUUCUUCUUCUUCUAUUGUGCUCCAUAUACACAUACAUUUCUACACUACCCCAGUAUUUUAGAGCCCCUGAAACAAGUUUAGAAAGCACUUCAGAAAGCUCUGUUUCAGUUUGACGGACAAAACCGCAGACUUUUGCAAAACUGACUUUCAGUUCCUCAACAGUCUAAUCAAAACAAAUACCUGCACUUACUUUUUUUACCAUUGUUUGUACUAUAUUCUGAAACUAAGCAAGGGGGCGUGUUUAUAUGGACGCAGAUUACUGCUGAUGUGGAGAUGCAACAUUUGUAUUGCUGUUGACUGUCUCCACAUAAAUAUUCUCAAAUGACAAUGGCAGUAGUUUAGAUGUAGUCUGAGGCCGACAUGCAAGUAACAUAUCUUCAUCUCAUUUUAGGUUUAAAUCCGUCUUUGGUCCAUUCUGCUCAUAGGAAAUUUGCCUCAUGUAGUUUCUCACGGUUCAACGUCCUUGAGAUUUGGAUUCAUAUGUGCUUCGUGUGUCAUGUUUGUUUGUGUGUGUUCUCGCGAGCAGCAUCAUUCAAAAAGUUUUUUUAAUUAAAUGUCCUGUUGCAUAAAGAAGAAAUUAUUAGAUUUUGGUGGUGAUGCAGAACGUGAGCGACUUUCUUUAGUCAUUAUUAUAAUGUACUGAUGGGAAAAUGCCUGUGGAUGGAAGAGCUGAUGCUCCUGUCACAUCACUUCCACUGUAGGUGGUACAAAUAAGUGUAUCUAGUUGUGAGAGUGGGCCACACGGUGGUUAGCACUCUUUGCCUUUGCAGCAAGAAGACCUGGGUUCAAACCACAGUUGGAACAAGGGCUUUCCUGCAUGGAGUUUGCAUGUUCUCCCCAUGUGUGCGUGGGUUUUCUCCAGCUUUCUCCCACAGUCCAAAAAUAUGCAAUAUGAGGAUUAGGUAAAUUGGACACUCUAAAUUGACCGUGAUCCUCCUUCAUGUGGAGGAUAAAGCAGUAAAAAAUGGAUGGAUGGAGAGUUGUGAGAGUCUUUCUCAAAAUGAAAAUCAAUAUUCUUCUUAUUGUCAACUUAUUGUUUACUAAAUUAUUCGUCACCUAUUUUGAUUUGAUUUGAAUUUGAGGUGUUUCUUUGAUCAUUUAAACACAUUCUCAGAUUGUUCUGGUUUCUUUGCUCCAUAUAACUAAGAAAUCAUUUAAACUCAAUCAUUUCAUUUUGUCGAUUAAAAAAAAAAAACAAUUGAGAACUUCAUA